GAGCUACUUCCGGUGAAAGAAAGGUUGCUGGUUGAAGUCUCGGUCGCAGCACAAUGGGGAAGUUGAACUUCUACGUGCUCUGGUCUCUGCGCGACGCGCCGCGACAGUUCGCCAGCAAGUCCGGAUCCAGGAGCUUCCACGUGCACGUUCCGUUGCCGCUGCCCAAACAGCUGGUCAUCUUCGGGCUCGGCGAGUGGGCGGCGAGGGAGGCCGCCCUCAUGGUGGACGUGGUGCUGGGUGCGGACGUGGCGCCGCAGAGGAUCGGAACGCUGACGUCACAAGUGCGCUGUUUGACCUUCGAGGGAGACUGGAGAGCAGACGUGGUGACUGUGGCAGCUCAGAGGAGCAGGAAGGGCGUCUAUGGCAAGAUUGUUCUCUCAGUGUGUGGAGAGUCGCCGAGCUCGACUCAGGACCGGUCCGCCUUGCUGAGCAGCACCCCGCUGGCCCAGAGGACUCGAGCAGAAGCAGGAGAGCUGAGUGUCACCGACCUCUCCUGCACCCUGCACCACAGCAUCACAGAUGAAGCGGACACUCUGAGUGCGUCUCAGCUCGGUGACAGCGUCUUCUCAGAGAUCCAGGUGAACACGGUGGACACCAGCGAGGCGACCCGGGGCAGCAAGCGCUCGCUGUGGCCCACGGACAAGACGCCACGCAGGACGGUCAUCGGCAGGAGAGGUCACAUGACCUGGAGCGGCGAGGACAUGGAGAGUCUGGGCGAAGCGGAGCAGGCGUCCACGCCGAAGAAGAUGCGACUGUCCAGGAUGAACAGUCGAGAGGAGAUAACGGCACAGAUCAAGAGCCAGAACAGAGAAGCUUCAGUUUGUCCGUCGCAGCGCUGGAGCCACACCAUGUGUCUCAGUGACCCCAACACCGCCAUCCUGAUGGGGGGCGAGGCCGAGGACCAGAACUCCUGCCCAGACUCCCUUUGGAAGCUGGAACUGGACAACGACUUCUGGUACCCGAUGACCUCGUCCAUCUCUGGACCGGCGCCACCGCGCAGCAGAGGUCACUCGGCCACCUUCGACCCAGAGUCCCAGGCGGUGUACGUCUACGGCGGCCUGAGGGAGGGUCAGCGCUACUGCGAGCUGUUCGUGCUGGACACACUGACCUGGAGGUGGAGGCUGGUGUCGGCCAAAGGGAACAUCCCCACGUUGGCGUAUCACUCGGCCGUCUUUUACAAGAGGGAGCUGUUUGUGUUCGGAGGAGUCCGGCCAGGACCCUCGUCUGCCGACAAGUCCUGCAGCAACUCUCUCUACAUCUUCAGCCCCGACGACCAGCUCUGGUACCAGCCCAUCGUGGAGGGGGACAAGCCCACGCCCAGAUUUGGACACUCGGCGACUCUUCUGUCCAAGAAGCUGCUGAUAUUCGGAGGACGGAAAACGGCGACGUACCUGAACGACCUGCACAUCCUGGACCUGGGCUUCAUGGAGUACACGGCUGUUAAGUGUGGGAACAUGGCGCCGCUUCCACGUGGGUUUCAUGCCGCGUCAGCAGUUUCUGACAACAGAGUUCUGGUGAGUGGCGGGUGCAGUGCCGUCGGAGCGCUGAGUGACAUCCACGUUUUCAACACCGACACCAACACAUGGAGUCCACUUGUGAGUCCAGUGUUCAGCGCUAAACCUCGAGCAGGACAUAGCAUGAUCGCCACAAGCAGCGCCAGCGAGCCAGAAACCCAAAAAGAGGAGCAAAUUCCCCUGCUGGUGUUUGGUGGCUCCGACUGCUGUGGGUCCUUCUACUCCGACACCAUCAGGUUCACGGUGCAGAUCCCUCCUGGCACGUGAUUUCCCCUUGGCCUGUCACCUGAGCCAGCGCGCUCUGGUUUGCAUAACAAAUGCUCUCGCUGCAGUUUCACGCGUCCGGAUUUGAGAGUGAAAUUCUAAAUGGAUCUAAUAAAAAC